UUGUACAGGUCUGCGUUCGUACAUCGUCCGGUCUCCUCCAGUAAUCGCGCCUCUGUACGCGCCAUCAAUGCCAGCUCCUCAUCGCGCCACCUGCGCUUCACCAUAUUUGGAGCGGCCUCCGCAUUUGCUACUUCGGGGACCACCACCAUCAUCACGAUCACCACCACCACCAUCACCACCACCGCCAUCGUAAUCAUCAUGAUCGUCGUCGUCGUCGUCACCAUCAUCAUCGUCAGCAUCAUCAUCAGCAUCAUCAUCAGCAUCAUCAUCAUCAGCAUCAUCAUCAGCAGCAGCAGCAGCAGCAGCAGCAGCAUCGUCGUCGUCGUCACGUCGUCACGUCGUCUUCAUCGUCAUCAUCAUCAUAAUCAUCAUCAUCAUCAUCAUCACAUCAGAUAG